GUGCAUUUGUUUUGGGGGCGGGGGGCUAAAGGCCGUAUGAGAAGGAGCUAAAUUUGGGAGUGAAAGUGAGGGUAGCCCGAGAUGAGGUUGUGACAGCGGCAAGUGCAGAGUUCCUGAAGAAACAAGUUUGUCUCACUCUUUGAUUAGGAUCAUUCACACACACACACACACGCAAAAACAGAAAGACAGAGACAACUUAUUUUCCCUGUCAACUGCCACAACAGACAAGGCCUGAAGAAAGUGAGCUGCCAGGAGCGUCCGUACAGGUGUCCAGACAACAAGUGGACGGUCCGACAUGCUACCCGCGCUUCUGCUUCUCUGCGUGGUCAACGGAGUAGGGGCGUCCACCCCUGGAGUCGGGGCUUAUGACCGGAUGCAGGACAGGCAAGGAGCAGCAACCGCGCUGUGCCCGUCGCCAUGCCAGUGUGAACAAGACGCUAUCUUCCUCAUGGUGGACUGCUCGGAGUUGGGACUAUCGUCUGUGCCGACCGACAUCAGCCCCCUCGCCACUUACCUGGAUCUAAGCAUGAAUAACAUCAGCGAGAUCCAGCCAAGAGUCUUCCACCGACUGCACCUGUUAACAGAACUGCGACUCUCUGGAAAUCAGAUGAGGUAUAUUUCUGGCCAUGGUCUCCAGGGUCUCCACAACCUUAAAGUUUUGAUGCUACAAAACAACCACCUUGAAAGACUUCCUGAUGAUACUCCGUGGGACCUUCCCAAUCUGGUUUCAUUGCGUCUGGACGCUAACCUGCUGUCUGAAGUUCCUGCUGGGGCCUUUCGAGGAGUUCCCUCUCUAAGACACCUGUGGCUUGAUGACAAUUCCCUGACAGAGAUCCCAGUAACGGCAUUGGAAGCUCUACCUUCUCUUCAGGCCAUGACCCUGGCACUCAACCAGAUCAAUCAUAUCCCAGAUUAUGCUUUUGCCAACCUCUCAGCACUUGUUGUUCUACAUCUCCAUAACAACCGGAUCCAGAUCAUGGGCACAAAAUGUUUUGACGGUUUACAUAGUCUGGAGACUCUGGAUUUAAAUUACAAUGAUCUCCACGAGUUCCCUGUGGCCAUCAGGACACUGAGUAAGCUGGAGGAACUGGGCUUCCAUAACAACAAUAUCAAAGCCAUCCCCGAGAGGGCCUUUGCGGGAAACCCACAGCUCCAAACCAUCCAUUUUUAUGAGAACCCCAUCCAGUUUGUGGGAACGUCCGCUUUCCAGUUCUUACCAAAGUUGCACACACUUUCCCUGAACGGCGCCACAAUAAUUCAAAACUUUCCUGACCUGAAAGGUACAACCAGCCUGGAAGUUUUGACACUGACUCAGGCGGGUCUCUCAAUUCUCCCUCUAGAUCUAUGUGAACAGUUACCUCACCUCAGAGUGUUGGAGGUGUCAUACAACCAAAUACAGCAUCUGCCAAGCUUUUCCCACUGCUCUGCGCUACAAGAAAUAGGGCUUCAGCAUAACCAAAUCACAAGAAUAGAGUCCAGCACCUUCAAGGAGCUCGCCUCUUUAAAAGCACUUGAUUUGAGUUGGAACAAGAUUCAGUGGAUUCACACAGAUGCCUUUUCCUCUUUGCAUUCUUUGGUCAAACUGGACCUUACUGAAAACAGACUGAGCUCAGUGCCACCUACAGGCCUGGAGGGUCUCAUCCAUCUCAAGCUCAGGGGAAACAUUGAAUUAUAUGAUGCCUUCAGCCCUGAUCUCUUCCCUCACAUCAGGGUGAUUGAGAUGCCGUAUGCCUACCAGUGCUGUGUGUAUGGUUCUUGUGAUAGCUACAAGACAGUUGGCCCGUGGGACACUGAUCAAAGCAACACUGAUGAUGACCCUCACAGGAGAACUUCCGGCAUUUACCCUCACCAGGCUGACACUCAAUAUGAUCCUGAUCUUGAGGAAUUUCAGCUUGAAAUAGAGGACUCCAAACUUCAGGCCAGUGUCCAGUGCACUCCAACACCAGGUCCUUUUCGUCCCUGUGACUCUCUGAUGGGAAGCUGGUUGGUUCGUGUUGGCUUAUGGACAAUCUCCCUGGUGUCUCUCCUAGGGAACUCUGUGCUACUUCUCUCUCUAUUCAGCUCCCCCUGCUCCGUGUCACCACUAAGAUUCACGGUGGCCUGCAUGGGUGCCUCUAAUCUGCUGACAGGUGUUUGUACAAGCACCCUGGCUCUUGUAGACGGGUUAACAAUGGGAGACUUUAGCCACCAUGGUGCCCCCUGGCAAGGAGGGCCUGGAUGUCAGGUGACAGGAUGGGUGUGGGUGGUUGCCUCUGAGGCAAGUGUGUUGCUACUGACGCUGGCAGCUGUGCAGUGUGGAGUGAGUGUCACGUGUGCCCGAAGCUAUGGCAAAUCACCCUCACUGAAAAGUGUACGUAUACUUGCACUUUUAUGUCUGACUCUCUCACUCAUUCUAGCUUGUUUUCCUUUGCUUGGACUUGGGGAGUAUGGCUCCUCACCUUUCUGCCUACCCACACCGCUACCACCUAACCCUCGGCAAACAUCUUCCUUGGUUUUUCCCUUAGUGCUGAUUAUGAUUAACACCCUGUGCCUACUCAUAGUAACAUGUUCAUACAUCCGCCUUUACUGGGAAUUACUUAGAGGAGAAUGUGAGGGACUGUGGGAUUGUGCUAUGAUCAAACAUGUAGCCGGGCUAAUAUUCACAAAUGGCCUUCUGUAUGUGCCAGUAGCUUUCCUCUCCAUUUGCUCACUCCUGAGUCUCUUAUCUCUGGGCGAGGAAGUUCUAAAAUCAAUCAUUUUGCUUCUUCAGCCUCUACCUGCUUGCCUAAAUCCCCUACUAUUCCUCCUUUUCACACGACACGACUCCCAGUAUUUUUUCUGGCAUUGCCCAAAAGCACCUCUUCACCUUCACCGCAACUGCACCAUAGACUCCCUGGUUUCAGUGGAGACAGAAAAGAGUUCCUGCUCUGAAACAUCAACACAAUUGUCUCUCGCUGAUGCAGAUACCCUGUGCAGUAGAGGCUCUACUGUCCACUCUGAAAUGGAUCCAAUUCAACUUUCUCAGUGCUCCUCUACUUUUCCAGUUCCUCUAAUCUCUUGCCAGACACCCACUGUCAGAGGUAUAGACAGAGUAAAGGAACAAGGGAGCCUUAAUGACAAAGAAUGUCUGAAGACUUCGAUUCAAGAUAUUUGCCACAAUUGCCCAAUGGAUCGCUCAACCAUGACUCACUCUGUUGCUCCACAUCCAUAA